AUGCCACAACCACAUGCCACCAUCCUGAGCGGUGCCACCACGAGCCAUCACCACUCUCAGUCCCAAUCGCAGUCGCAGUCGCAGCCGCAGUCGCAGUUCCAGUCCCAGCCGUCCUACUCCAACGGCGGCCUGCAUCUCUACCCGCCGCGCUCGACUGCCCCCUCCACCAACAACCGCCAUCACAACAACAACCCGCCGCGAUACCCGCCCGCCGGUGUCAGUGUCGGUGCGCCCUUGGCCAGGUCCGAGUCCGUGUCGCAUUCGCGCUCGUCGACGCCCGUCAACUUCUCCCACAGGGGCCCCGCCGCCAACUUCCACUACAACCGCGGCCGAAGCGGCACAGCGGGCAGCAUCGGCGGUGUGUAUAGCGGUCGAGCGUACGGCCACGGCCACGGUCACGGCAGUGUUGUCGGCUUCAGCGCAACCGGUCCCGGAAGCGAGACAGCCGGCCCUCGCAGCAGAAAGGGGUCAAGAACCACCAACGGCGACAGCAUCGCAGAGGACCAACCCCGGGCCCCGGAGGACCAGCCGUUGACCUUCGCCGAAGAGGCCCCCUCCUCGCCCUCCUUCUUCGCCGGAACCUUGCCCAGGACCUCGUCCCUCCUCCCGCCCCCGCGCCAUCUAGGUUCAGGUCCCGCGCGUGCACCGCCUGUCACUGUCGACGCCAAUGCCAACUUCAACUUUAAUGUCAUUGCCGAGCAAGACCCUGCAGUACCCCUAGGCCCCGAUCCCGCGAACCAGCAGCCCCGCAGAUCACACUCGCGCGGGAGUAGCAUCGGCGCCCUUAGCGACAGCUUCCGGAACCUCAACCGUUGGUCGGCCUCCACCACGUCGAGCCGGGCCUCCCACCAGGUCGAUCGCGACCAGCAGCAGCAGCUGCUACCGGCCAAACCUACCAACAACUUCUCCCGGCGCAUGAGCGUCGAUUCGGUCGCCCUGCUCAACCCCAACACGGGAUCCCCACAGCCGACCUUUCAGUCGCCCAAGAAACUCACAAAGCGUAGGCCAUCGGCCGCCAGCAUAACCACAGCAUCACCUCGUGCUGCUUCCGCGGCCAGCACACGCACGCGGCCACAUUCACCCCCGCCGGUGCCACCGCCUCCGAAUCUACCCCCCAUCGUGUCACUGCCGUCGCUCGAGCUGUCGACCUCGCUCACGGCCCCCUCGCCAAUCUUUAACCGACCGAGCCCAGCCGCCAGUACACCGACCUCGAUCUUCUCAAGCGCGGCCAACGGUGAACCCAAGGACUACUUCUGGGAUGAACUAGCCAACCAAAUCCCAGCUUCAGCAGGAAACACUCAAGGAACCACACCCGGACUGCUGCCCGCGGCCACAGUCACACGCGAGACCGCCAUGCCUGAGAAGGGUCAUACGAGGAGCCGCUCCUCGACGGCCAAGAGCAGUACGGAUUCCGGGAGGGCCAAGAGUAAGCAGCCGUCACAGAAGGCAAUGCUUUCCAAGGCACUGGCCAAAGCAAAUACGGCUGUCCAGCUCGAUAAUGCCCAGAAUUUCGAAGGCGCUCGCUCGUCCUAUACAGAAGCAUGUGAACUUCUCGCACAGGUACUCGCCAGGACAACUGGCGACGAGGACAAGAAGAAACUGGAGGCCAUCCGUCGCACGUAUACAAGCAGGAUAGAGGAGCUGGAUGGCAUGGUGCCAGUUGAAGGAGAGCCCGGCAGCAAGGCCCUUCCUGCUAGGCCAGAAAGUCUAGCCUAUAAUGGAGUCGAAGUCCGCCCGGCCAGCGAUGACGAGGAGCAGAUAUCCCCGACGACGACGCGCAGACUAGGUCCGCAACCACACAGCACUACCAUUAGGACCCGUGGAAGACCGACGACUGACAGGACUGCAGAGCCCGCCCAAUUGCCGCUUCAAUCUUCGUUCUCUUCGAGGUCGCCCAUGCGCCGGAAUUUCGAAGGGUCGCUGACCAUACCGAGUGACAAUGGACAACUCAUGCCCGCGCCGCUAUCACCUCGACGACCCCUCUCGCCGGCGAAACCUAUGACCCCCGACACUGCGGCACGAAACGAGUACUUCGCGCACGCGGAACGGCUAGCCACAGGUACAAAUUUAAAUGGACAUGCCCGCAAUCCCAGCCACGAGUCUAUAUCAUGGCUUGAUCCAAUCGACGAGUCGGGAGGCUCAGCCGCCUCAUCAAUCCGUUCCAGGUCGUCCUCCUUUGGCGCCCAGAGGAAACAUCUCCGCGCCCCUAGCGGCGAUACCGAGGCCGAGUUCGACGCAGCCCUUGAUGCAGCUGUUGAGGCGGCAUAUGACGAAGGAUUUGAGCCUAUGGAUUCCUAUGGUGAACCCUACCAUGGCGACGAACAUGACGAUGACGAUAUAGUGGCCAAUGCCAUGCGCCGUGUCGAGAUUGCCAAAGAACGAGUGCGCCAGACGGAGAGAGAAACACAAUUCGAGCGUGAAGCUGUGAUUCGAGCAGCGCAGGAGAAGGAGAGACAAAGGCAAUUGUCCAUCGGCGGGCUCCACCGUGACUCGCAGACCUACAACAACGGACACUUUUAUGACGGGACGGACUCUGACGACGAGGAGCGCAUGCUUGAAGAUCUAACAAGAGACUACGCACUCAACAACUUCUCCUUCGGCCAGCAGCCACGGAAGACAUCCGACGCUGUCGCGCGGGAACGCGAAUCUGAUUCUAGUGGCCUCACGCAACGGACAUGGCACAGCUCCAUUGGCUCGAGCCCGCCGACAGCGACCACUGUUCUUUCAUCGGUUGCCGAGAUGCCACCACCAAUGUCCAAACCGCCGCCCUCCCUACCGCCGCCUCCGCAGUCUCUGCCGCAGAUCCCGCCCCCGCAGCCACCAGGCACUCCCUCCGGCGUGCGGAGCCGGAGACUCUCCGGCCAGAACCCGAAACAGCUCAAGAUCGAGACAGCCCCGAUCGGGCAGGCAGCGGCCGGACCCUCGGGUGCCACGACCGCUAUGCCUGCGAAACAGGGCAGCUUCAUUGCCCAGCAGCGCCAGGCUCUCUCGGCAACGACCGGCAAACCGGGUUCGUUCUCUAUGCGCGUGCCAGGCUCUCCAUCGCGGGGUGUGAGUCCUGCUCCUCCAUUGGCACCUCCAACGCCGCCGCAGAAUCCCCCUCACACCGAUGAUCCCAACGACCACUUCCGCACAGGCUCGCCGUCUCCGUUUGGUGGGGCCCUGCGCAAGAAUCAAUCAUCCUCCAGUCUCAAGUCACUAAAGACCCGCCAACUUUCUGUCUCCAAUAUCGACAAUACGUCAGACUUGUCCCCCAACACCCCGCUCAGCCAGUCUUUGACCAACUCGUCCAUGAGGCACCCGUCUGUGCCCGCCCUUCCUACGCCGCUGGUAUCUACCUUUGGCAACAAGGCAACGGGCGGGUUCGGCGGACUCUAUCUGUUCGAGUCCGACUUCCACUCUCCAUUCCCCCAGGCACAGCACUCGCCUAUCCCUGCACAGUUCCAGGGACCCGACGUUCCUGUGCCGCUCGAGCCUUGCCCGUCAGACACAAUGUUGCGACCUUUCUGGUUAAUGCGUGCCUUGUACCAAAGCAUUGCUCACCCGCGCGGUGGAUACAUUACGAGUCGCCUCUUUAUUCCUAGGGACGUGUGGAAGGUCAAGGGCGUCAAGCUGCGUGCCCUGGAGGAUAAGUCCUCGCAGUGUGACCUUCUGACUGCUGCCCUCCUCAAACUCGCGAGGGUGGAUAGCAAUGAUGCCGAUGCUGUGCUCGAAGAGAUGCAGAGCCUGGAAAAUAUCCUGGAGCAGGUACAGCAGACCCUGACCCGGAAGCUUGGCAACGAGGUCGGCAUCCAAGGGGCUGGUGCCCUCCGCGAAAGAGAAGAUAGCGAGCCAACACCUCCUGUUCCACGAAGCGCUAGCAUAAGCGGCAAAACGGCGUCCUUCAGCUGGCGCAGACUGAGGAGUAAAGGCUCAGCAGCGAAUCUGACCAGCGCCUAUGGAAACAAGAGCACCAGUGGCGGUGCUACCGAAAGGAUAGCGGAGAAAGAGAUCUUCGGCGCCGGUUCUGGGACCCUUCCCAGUCUCCCAAUGGUGGCUCAUCCGAGCAGCCGGCCAGUCAAGCGUGACGUGACGUCCAUCAAGUACGAAGGACCUUAUGCCGGGUACAUGCAGAGCCUGGCACGCUUGUUCGACGCCGCGCAGACUGUCGACAUGAUAGCUCGCCAGGUCGAGGACCCAGGAUUGAGACACGCCGAUAAGACCCAAGUUGGGUUAGAACUCUGCACCAGGCAUGCAGCUGAGUUUUUUGGCUUCUACAUCUGCCGCUUUGUCUUGGCAGAUAUGGCGUUGUUGCUUGACAAGUUCGUCAAGCGGGGGAGCGAAUGGGUGCUCACCUGA